CCCCGUCUUCUCUCUUCACCGGCGCCACCGUUGGCUACUCUUGCCGCCGAAUCCCAGUGUGGCUACUCUUUAGGCAAAUGGAGGCCUUCUUACAAGUUAUAUCAGAGGCCAAGGCUAACAUUUACGAUAUCGAUGGGUUAUGUUCACAGUUGAAUGGUGUGUUUCCUCCUGCAUCAUAUUUCAGUCCUGUGCCAAGUGGAUAUGCCACUCUUCUUGAAGAAUUUAAUGAAAAGGAAUGGGGCAAAACCUUUGAUAGUGCUAUGUAUGCACUUUCGGAUUAUGGCGUUGUUGCGGAGGAUGCUCAAUUUUUGUUAAGAUUUAUAAUGGGAUUAUUAUAUUUUAGAAGAAGUAAUUUUGGUGAUGCUUGCAAACAGUUUUCUUUGUCGGAUAAACUUUGUCGCAAACUCUACAAUCGUAAUUGUGUUGUGAGUUUUUCGAAUGUAGCUUCUCAUGAGGGCAAGAAAUACUGGAAUGAUGUAGAGAAAUUUAUGGAUCAAACAACUGAAAUGCAUGCAGUGUUGGAUACUCUGUUUUCUAAAGUUUUGGAUGGAGGUGGUCCAUUGGUUUCUAGGGCUCUUACUAGCUUCAAGGAUGAAAAGUGGAAGGAAGCUGUUGUUUGUGUUAAUUUAGUGUGUGCUGGACGUCGUGAACCAAAAAAAGAAUACAUUGAUCUUUGCUUAACAUUUUUUAAGGGGUUGUUGCAUUAUAGAAGAAACCGUUAUGCCCUAGCUUACAAGGAAUUCUUGUCAUGUGAUAGUCUUUGUAGUGAGAUCUUUCAGAGUACAUUUUUUGAAAGUUUCAUUGCGUUUGCUUCUAAUGGGUGGAAGAAUUAUUGGGAUGGUCUAGCAGAACAUAUCGACCAAACGGCUGAAAUGCACCAAGUUUUUGUUGAGCUGUUCCGUGACAUUCUAGAUGGGAAUGUUGAUAAAAAUGUCAAUGAAGCUCUGACUUUUUUCAAGAAAGAAAAUUGGAAGGAAGCAGCUAAGUUAGUUUUGAAAGCUAUCAAACAGCGUGGACAAAAACCGGAAUAUCUUGAUCUAUGUUUACAAUUUUUUUAUUGUUUACUGAGCAAUCGAAACCAAAAAAAGGAUUUGGCUGAGAAACAUUUUCAGAAAUGCUUGGAAUUGAAAACACAUUUGAAUCUUCCUUUUCCUAGUGUGUCUUUCUUUGAAAAGAAAACGGAAAGGAAGCAGAAGGUUCCUGGUGAAGUUGUUCCACCAUCUUCUACUUCAGGAUCUUCAGUCAUUUCUCAUAGUACAGAGGAUUCAAGUCAGGAAACUACUAUCAAUGGCACAGUUCGAAGCAGAAUUGAAAUGAAGGUUUGAGAAGAGAAUAAAGUACAGUGCAUGUCUUCGCUUAAUGAAGUUUUGAAAAGAGAAUAAGGUUCAGAGAAUAGAGGAUUGCCCAAGAAUCAUGCAAUUUGUAUCCUCCAAUUAUUCAGCUUUUGGAUCAAAAGCAUGCAAAGGCUAAUCAUUUGCCAGACUAGGAGCCAAUUAUUCGUACCAUUAACUCAAAUUAGCAUGUUGUCCCACGAUCUAAUGAGUAUAUUGAUUUGACAAGAAUUUAGAAGAAAAAUGUUAUCGAAAAAAAUAGGGAGAUGCUAG